AUGAAGAGGAGAAGAUUAAACAGUUACGGGGAGAAACUUGCCAUUACCUACGGGUUGAUCAAAACUUCAGAAGGAACAACUCUUAGAGUUUACAAGAACCUAAAAAUUUGUGUGGACAGUCACAAUGCAGCGAAGUUGAUUUCUAAAGUCAUGGAAAGGAAAAUAGUUGUUUGGGACAACAAAAGAUUUCAUCAUUUCAAGAAUGAGUUUUGUUCUUGUGGAGACUACUGGUAA